UCUUUUCUUCAUUCUGCAGUCCCCAACUCGAGCUCAGUCCUAACAAACUGAGAACUGCAGUCAUGCUUUAUUGGAAAAAUUCCCUUUCCCAGGUAUGUUAAUGCUGAACAUCUUCCUGAUCACAGGAGAAAGUGGGCACCAGCUCCACAGCAUGGACAUUGUCACAUGCAACCCCAUGUCAUGGGGCUGAAUCUUUCCUUAUGGUCCCAACUUUGCUUUCUGUAGUGAAAUUAAUCACUGGAGCUGUAUUUCUUCCUUCCAGAAUUAUGUCAAAUGGCAGUGUCUUGUUUCCUGAAAUACUGUGUUAGUCUCUUAUCCUGUAUUUCCACAAAAUCUUGGUAUUCCUAUUUUUAGACUCUAUUGGAAAGUAUUGCACUAAGUUUAGGUUGUGCUGAACCAAGCUGAUAUUUUCAGUGGUACAAGUGUGGCCCUGCACUUAAUUUUUUUAAGGACAACUUAAAAAGUAAUGGUCAUCACUGAUGUAUUAAUAGUUCAACUUGCUCUUCCCCACUAUGGCUGUUAAUGUUACAAAUUUCUAAUAGGGAGCUGCAGUUUGGAAGGGAGACAAAAUGAGUUCAGAACAGAGGGUUACUAUUGCUGUAGGUUGAUUUUUUUUUUUUUUUGUGGUUGAACCAGAAGGAGAUUUAAUGAAAUCUGACCUCGGGUCUGGUUUUUCCAUUUUGGCAAACAAUAACAGUUCUGUGAUCCAGAAUUGAUGAUCACUUCAGCAACACUUCAGUGUUUGGAUUUCUUGUGUUACGGGUAGAUGAUGACUUGUGCAGCCUUCCCGUGUGAACCUUUACAUUCCCACCUAAUUUAAGAUUCUUACUAAAUGCUGCCUAAUUUAGGGCAGGCAUCUCUGAGUGAGGGGAGUGAGGGGCACUUGGGCUUAGUUUUUGUUGAGUGUUGGUUUCUCAGCUUUGUUAAAUCAUGGAUCUUAGGUGUAGAUGACUUUUUGAGAUUCAUUGUGUGUUCAGAAAGCCUUUUUACCUAAGGCAGGGGGUUGAUUUUCCUGUCUGUGUUACUUCUCUGUCCCUACAGCUGUUCAGAAAACACAGUGACUUCCACAUCUGUGACCACCUAGACUGUUUAUCCUGCUGCUGCCAUGGGGAACCCAUGGAAGCUGUUCAGGAGCAGGGCUUGGGCCCUGCUCUGUGGCUAGAGAAGCCUGCAGGGAUCUCUGUUCCUUCCCAGCAGAGAAAGCAUGGAAUGCCAGCACAACCCCCCAGCCUGGGGGAAAAGGGUGCUGCAACAAAUCAAGGUUAAAUUCAAUCAAGUGAUCUUUGGGAGAGUGAGUCAGGAUGAAAGUUCUGAUUGUUCACGCCUUGUGAAAUUGCAGUCCUGGGCUAAUUCAUGCUGAAGCCAAGGUAAGUCACCUCAAAGGAAGAGCAGGAAGGCAGCCACAGGUGACCUGAACAUGCCUGCAGGGCUGUGGCACGAAGGAACAGGAGGAAGAAAGUUGUUCACCUGGGGAUUAACCAGCAAGUCAGAAGGUUUUGCUGUUUUAUCUACUGCUUGAUCAAUUAAGCAGCAGAUUGCUUUUCUGAAGAAGGCAAGUUGCUGGUGCUGAAGGGUGUUUAAAUAUCUGUCACACCAAACACUGGCACAUGCCAGGGUAUGAAUUGCCCUUCUAGAGAGCACUCCUCCCUGAAGAAAAUCGAGCUGUGAAUAUUUUAAUAGAUUAUUGUCAUCAACAGUGAAUGCUGCAGGAAAAUCCUGGCAGGUAAAAGAAACAAGGAUUUUGUAGGAGAGGAUUAAGGGUGUGUCAAUGUUGGUUUUAUCUGACAGCCUUUCAAAUCAAAGUCUGUAUCUGUUUAUAGGUACUUUGUUUCUUGUAUGGUUUCUCUAGUUUAUCAGUGACUCAGAAAUACAGGAGUCUCCUGUGGAGUAUUAAGAAGGGCUUAACCUAUGCAUUGUAAAUACUUGUGCUAAUGAGGUUUGAAGCAAAGAAAAUCAGAUUACUUAUCUGUGCUACUACUUUGCCACUGACCCUGACAAUUUAAAGGUGAUUUAUGAUUUCUGGCAUGCCUUCCAGGCCUCUUAGCAGAGUGUUCCAAUCAGAAUUGCCCUGAAGUCUUUAGGAGUCUCCAGAGAACUGGACUGAGAGCCAUUUCCCCAUGUCUAUAUCAGGUGUCAGUUGCAGACAGCAUGGAGAAACACUCUUUCAGCACUACCUAACCCGUGCCUUUCUUUUACUGCAGUUAUUUCCUUACUAUGGCACUGAAAUCUGUGUGCUUCACCUUUUGUCAGGACAUGUGAGCCAACCUCACACACAUCCUGCAGCACUCUAGGCUUGACCUAGCAGGCUUCUGUAGAGCGUGUUAGUUCAGUGGUUACCCAAGCAUGUGGAUAACUGAGUUCUUUCCAGAAGAGCUGGCCAUGUGUGUCAAGUAAAGAUGUGUUAAAAUACCCUGUGGCUUCACAGGGUGGAAAGAGCUUGGGCAGAAUUCAGUUCUAGACAAGCUGUUGUCAAAGACCUGUUCAGCAUGUGUCAGCCAGACAGACUUGUGAUGUGUUACUGGGAAAUGGUGCUGCUUCAGAACAUUCCAAGGUAAAAAAAAAAAAAAAAAAAAAAAUGGUAGCACCUGGUGAUGGUUUGGGCUGCUGGUGGCCACAAAUUUGUCUGUCAUUAUUAAGAAGGGAUUAGUGCCCUAGACAUUCUCCUCAAAAGGUCUUUUAUGCUGCUGCUGGUUUGCUAGAGAGAAAUGAGUUCUCAGUCUGCUUCACGUGUCUGGAGGGCAGACAAACACCUGGCACACUGUCACAUCCUGCUAAGAUGGCAUGUAGUGCCAAACCAAUGAGCUGACCAAUGUGAUAAACCUUUGUCUGGCUCAGCUGGGUUUAUGGCAUAAAGCCAUGGUUAUUCAAAGCAAAGGAACUUUUUGGAAGUGACUCUUUGUGAGAAAGUGCAUCUCGGGACUUGUCUGCUUGGCAAUUUAGACUAAAGGUGUGAAGUACAUGCAUAAACUUGACAUUAAAUAUCUUUAUUCAGAGAGAAAUAGCUUUGUUGUAUAGCAAACUUUACUUCUGAAUGGGAGCAUUCCCUCUGAAAUCUGUGCAUUCAUUGACCUCACACCUUUAGUUAGGAACCUUAACUUUCCCAAGUGCUGAUGUGUAGACAAACUCUCAGGACAAAUGAUGUUCCCAGUGAAAUAAAACUUGGUACAGCUGCUACCAGUGACUUGUAAGCUGGGAGCAAGAUGGAAAGCAUCAUAAAUUCAUCUGUGCCUUGCAGGCAGGAUCAUAUGCUUUUCAACUGGCAUAGCCAAAAAUGUGUUUGUACAUAGAUAUCAUUCCUUCCCAGUGGUAGGCAUUGAACAGAUUCUGUUCUACAUGCCAAUGGUCUGUGAGAGAGCAGGUGUUUCUAUAUCUAACGUACUUCAGCUCUGAACCCAGGGCUGUUAUUUUAACUUGGGAUCAGGACAUAUUCAUUCCAAAGUCUAUGACCCUCACUGCCAUAAAUACUUCUUUUUUGUUGUUGUGGUUCUUGGUGUUUUGCACUCUUUUAAAGAAAAAGCCAGCAUUAUGGUAAAUUUGAUUCAAGUGACUUUCCAUACUCUGCUUCUUUGGGGUUAAUGAUUUCUCCUUUUUAAGGAAGACUGAUUACAAAAAUUGCAUACAAGUGUUGAUCUGAAUCUCGUUCAGUCAAGUGGGUGUGUUGGUGUUGCUGCUGGGUACCUGCAGAAAAAGUAAAGUUAGGUAUGUCAGGGGGACCUGGCUGGCAAUCCUAAAAUGCAGGGUUCAAAAAGCAGACUUUUUAGCUGAGUUAGCUCAUAGUGUGAGGAAUCCAAAUUACAAUGUACAGGGAGAAAGUGGUGGCAUGUACAUGCCAUAUGACUGACAAAUCUGAAAGCACUUGAGUUAAUUAAAUGCUCUCAAUCAUCCCUGUGAGGUAGGAAAAACACAUAAUAUGUAAGGGUCAUACAAUUUGUGAAAAAAUAGCUUCCUAAGGUGUUCUCAAGGUGAAUUUAUUUAUAAAUGCAGUGUCCAGCCCCAUCUGUGUUACAUCUGAAGAAUUCUGUGCUGCUGAAAUGCCAGGAGUGGCUGUGGAAAGGCUGGUAGUAAAGGAGUGAUGAGACUUUUGGAAGAAGCCUAUGUCAUGAGGGAUCCUUUCACCCCUGACAAGGACAAGUUCCUCAUCAUCAGGUCUCGUUGCAGUUUGUGUAGCAGAGCAGUGUGUGUUGGUACAGACUGUAGUCUGUUCUACUCCAAAAGCUUCUGCCUCCCCUGUGUGAAAGAAAAGCUAAAGGCCUUUCCUUUGGAAAUACAAGAAGACAUGGAUGAAAGGAAGCCCCAGCAGAAAUCCUGCAAAAAAAAAUGGAUACAAAACAUAAAUCUUGAAGGUCCAAGAGCGACAGUUCUUUGGCUGGGGUUUCUCCUCUCUCUGCUUGGAGACUAUCAAGUUGCUCCUUUUAAAGAAGUGACCUUCAUCAGCUCACUACUACCAGAGAGAGCAGCACAUUUCCUUGCCCUUGGCUGGGGUUCAGACAUCCCCGUGCAGCGCCAGGGAGCGGCUCCGAGGUGCUGAGGAGCCAGGAAAGGAGGCAGACGAGCCUGCUGUCACCAUGUGAAAUGCUUGCAGUCAGAAACCAAACAGCACAGAGCAUAGGAACCAUGUCCAGAUUUCCACAUUUGCUAUUUUAGUGCUUUGUGUUGUUCUUGACACUCCCUGUGGUGUUAUGAAAUUCCAAAACAGAUUGAUCUGGCUUAAUUCAGGAUAUACCCAAGAAAGUCAGUGUACACCAAUUGUUAAUCUGGCAGUGCUGUCCUGUAAGAUUACAUAAGGCAGGGAAUUUAAAGCUUUAAGUCUAAAAUAGAAGUGCUGUGAGAAAAUGUCAUAAAUAUAAUACCUAAAUUUCUCAAUGUGGUAAUCUUAAUGCUAUCACAGCAUUGUGCCUUGAGACUUUGAAGGUUGGUGCUUCUGCAAUCAAUAAAAUAUUUACAAGUCCCUUGCACUUGCAGUCACUUUUCACUUAACCUUCCAGUCCAUGUCAGCACAGCAGCUGGAGAGGACCCUGAAUACAUUUGUCUUAUGUUUUACAAUAAAGGUGACUUCUUUUUCACUUUCAAAGCAGUUAAUCUGGAAAUAGAAAAGUUACAUUGAUACACUAAAUUCUUUCUGAACCCGACAAAUAAACUGCAGCUGUAAGAGGGAUGUCAGAAACACAGUUUCAGGUAACAAAGGUAAGAAGUUCAAUGGAAACAGCAGUUUGUUUAGCUCAAAAAUUAGCUUCUUCAGUUAUCUGUUUUGACUGUCUUAAGAUUUAGGUGGCUUUUAUAAAACCUGAAUCACGCCUUAAGGAUACAUCUAGAAUGCUCCCUAAUCCCAACAUCACCUUUUUUACUCAAGUUACUGCUGGUCAUUGCUUCAGAACCUGUUAGUGCCUUGGUGAACAUCUCUUUUUUCCAACACUUCCAUCCAUAUAAGUUGUAAUAGGACAACAUCAAAAAUCAUUUCAGUAGAAUGAACCUGUGUUUGUUAAAAGAAAUCAACAGUAUUUCAAUGAGUUGUUUAGGACAUUGAAGUAUCCUAAAAUCUUUCUUUUUUCUGAACUUAAUAAAUUGGUGCCCUCCGUUCAGGACUGAAAUUUCUUGCAGUGACUGGAGGAGCAAUAAUGGACCUAUUAGUAGCCUUUUCAAGCCCUAAGUGCUUUAAUAAAUAAAAUAUAUGUAUGUCUCUAAAUGCGAAAAAAAAGACCCAAGUUAGGAAGCAACACUUCAGAUUCCUUUUUGCAGUUACAAAAGACUACACUUUCAGGGAAAGUGAUACUAAACUUAUGUAAGAUGGGUGGUAUUAGAUUUCAGUUUCACAUUAGGAACACUGUUUAAAAGCUGUGGUGUGUCUGUGUCUGUUCUGUAUAAACAUCAGAGGCAUGUCCUGUGCUAAACCCACAGCUGAAGAGAGCACUUUCCCACCUUGGAAUUGUAGUCUUAUAAUCAAGCUGCCAAAGCAACAUGGUUGUGUGAGAUCACAGGAUAUGUUUACACCAGCAAACAUACCUUGAAAUGUGUUUUUUGCUGGAUUUCCCAUUGUUCACGACAGAUUGUACUCUUAAAAGCAGGUUUUAAAAGCCUGCCUAGUGCAGUUCUGUUGUCAGUGAGAUUGGGAUCUCAUCUGUCUGACCUGUUUUCCCUCCUGCUCAGCUUCCUCUGUGCCCUUUUAAGACAAAAGCAGUUAUCUCAUUUAUUCAUAACCAUUAUCUUUGCCUUUACAAUAUAACUGAGGAGUCAUUUAAAGCCCUCAGAAAUCUCCAUGCCUUUAAGUACUUGUUAUGUUGAACUGAAAGGGGAAAAGACUCAGUAUUAAAAGGGAGCAGAACCUCAGAGAAAAACUACAUAAGAUUUAAUUUGGCUCAGCACAGCUCAUUUAUUUUACAGCAGGAAAAACUAAUUCAGGGAUGCCUCUG